AUGGCCUUCGCGGAUUUGAAAUUUGCAAUGAUCUUCCUGUUCCAGAUAGUCGUUGGAGUUUGGGGAAAUUUCUCGCUCUUAUAUCAUUCUGUGACCCUUGCCUUCAGUGGACGCAAACCAAGGUCAACCGAUUUAAUUCUCAGGCACCUGACUGUAGCCAACUCCUUGGUCCUUCUCUCCAGAGGAAUCCCAAGGACAAUGGCAGCUUUUGGGUUAAGACAUUUCCUCAAUUAUUUUGGAUGCAAACUUGUUUUAUACAUUCACAGAGUGGCCAGGGGUGUGACCAUUGGCACCAUUUGUCUCCUGAGUGUCUUCCAGGCCAUCACCAUCAGCCCCAGAAACUCCAGGUGGGCGGAGCUUAAAGCCAAAGCCCUGAAGUACAUCGGGUCCUUCAGUACCCUCUGCUGGGUCCUCCACAUGCUGGUAAAUUUUAUUUUUCCAGUGUUUGCAACUGGCAGAUGGAGUAACAAAACCAUCACAAUGAUGUUCUGUCCUACUCCGCUUCACGACAAAGUCUCAGACUCCACGUAUACAGCAUUGAUAGCCUUUCAUGAUGUUUUAUGUUUGGGGCUCAUGUCCUGGGCCAGCGGCUCAAUGGUGUUCAUCCUGAACAGGCACAGGCAGCGGGUCCAACACAUUCAUAGGACCAAGGCCUCCCCAAGAUCCUCCCCCGAGACCAGAGCCAUCCACACCAUCCUUGUUCUGAAAUUGGGACAGUGACUUCUCCGACAUGAUGUGAGAGCUCAGAGCACAAAACGAACACGUCUUACGUGUGCAUCCACUGGUGAUCCAGAAAUUAAUUUUCAU